AUGUGGCGUGUUCGCGCCCGUGCGCAUGUGCAUUUGCGUGCACGCGUGCACAGCUGUGCGUGCGCGUGUGUGCAUCGUGCAGGCCGUGCCUGGAUGUGUGCGUCAUGCGUGUGUGUGCGGGUCCGGGGGGGGGGGGGGCGCUGCCUGGGCGCGUGCCGGUGCGCGUGUGCCACGUGUGCACGAGCGUGUGCGCGCCACUUCCUGCUCAGGGGCGGAGGGGUCCGCGCGUCCUCCUCUCACGUCUGCCCUCUCUCCCGGGCCUGCAGGCUGCCUUCCGGCCCCUGGCUUUCCGCGACCUCCCAGCCCCGUCCCCGCCUCCCCAGCCCCGCCAAGGCCCCCCCCCCCCCCCCCAUCAAAGACUCCAGCCCCAGCCGGGCUUCGGUUCGGACAUUCCAGCCCGCCACACUCAGGGCCCAGACUUUUCCCCGGAGCCUGAAUCCACGACUCAAGGGCGCGUCAAGCGCGCCAUCCUGGACGGAUGCCUCUGCCUCUCUCGGUCUUCCUGUCUGUAAAGUGGGCACGGAACUCACAGACACACCCAAAGGGCGAGGCCAGCACCUCCUACGUGUACAGGUGCUGAUCCCGGAGCCGCUUCUCUGGCCCGCUGUGGUCAGGGCGUUCACUCUUCCAGUGCAGUUGUCCUUGACCUCUCCACGGCUGUUGCCUGCGAGGUAUGCAUUUGAAAUCAGACCCAAACUCCUCUCUGUGGCCUGCACCGUACCUCCCUCCCUGCCCCCGCUCUGCUCCAGCCACAGGGCUGGUGGUCUUUCCUUCUUCUUACACACCAGGCAUGUUCCUGCCUCAGGGCCUUUGCAUCUGCUGCUUGUCCCCAGAUCGUCUUAUGGCUGGUCCCCCACUUGUCCUUCAGCUCAGAGGCACCCUCAUCAGACAGGCCCUUGCUAUCUAUGCUCUCUCAAGAAUUCCUGGGUCACUCACUGUCACAGCACUUAACCAUAGCUAAAAUUAUCUUAACGCUUUGGUUUACAGGGCUCUCCGUGUCUUAAGCAGCAGUGGAAGGUACUGAGUAAGGAUCCGUAGGAAGCCAGGGAGGAGAGGGGCGGUGGACCUUGACCUGGCUGCCCCGAUUCCAAUCCUCACGUCCCAUUCAUUUAGCGCUUACUGGAUGCAAGGACCCAAAUUCUAGCGAGCUCGGUGACUUGGGAGAGCUAGCUCCGUCUCUCAGACCCCCAGUUUCUCCAACUUUAGGAUGAGAGGCAGCCCCAAGUCUCCGAGGGAUCCUCACCUUCAUUUCGAUGGCUUGGGAUCUCAGGCUUUCUGGCACCUGACAGCCUGCAGAGCCCGGGGGUGGGGGACCCCUGGGGUCGGCAGCGCCCUGAGCCCACCCUGCCCCCCACAUCCCUGUGGAUGCCGGGGAUACCUUCUCAGUCCCUCAGUCACCUCCUCUGAGAUGCCCCCUGGCUCAGGCCUUUUCUGGAGCUCGAGAGCUCUCAUCACACAGCAUAGUUUGUUUACUUCUCUUUCUCGCGUUAGGCUGGCACCAGGUAAUGUCUCUCCGCAUCCUAGUUGAGUGGGGCACAAGGUCUGGGAUGGGCCUUCCAACUCGUACCAAUUCGCUCACCAUCGGGAAGGAGCCACGCC